AUUUCAAAAAAGAGCUCACGGUUAUACCGUACCCUUAGUACUGAGGUCGGUUGGUGUAAAAUGGAGUCGGAAUUCUUAUAGGGUGACUGGUGACGGGUUGAACGAUCCGACCGUCUGAAUCAACCACGGGUUUAAAACAUUGCUUGAUUCGGUUAUUCAGAUCUUCAUAUAAAUCCAAAUCCAAACUCGAAAUUCGAAAAACCAGGGGACGGUAGCCCGACAGUCGACAGUUUGCCAGAGGCGUUGGCGAGAGAAUGGAUUAGGCCUAGUUGCUUUUUAAUUUCAUUCGAGGAGUCCCCUGCGUCCGCAUAUAUUUCGCAAGAAAAUAUCGACCCACGGAAGGAGAGGAAAAAUGUCCAAUAAAGAAGAUGCUGAAGAUGGAGGUGAUCCAUUUCCAACGGUGAAGCAGAGGUUCAGCGAUCGCACUAAGAAAGUUACAAAGGAGAUUAUAUCCAAGCAAGCCGUUCAGACUAAGGAAAUCAUAUCGAAACAAGCGGUAAAAAUCGCUAGGCAAGCCGAAGAGCAUGAGAGAUUUAUCAACAAGGUGACCCAUUUAAUAGGGGUUCUUGGGUUCGGCGCAUUCUGUUUUCUGCUAGGAUCAAGACCGCAAGAUGUUCCAUAUGUAUACUGUUUCUUCUAUGUCAUAUUCGUUCCUCUGCGAUGGAUAUACUAUCGUUUCAAGAAAUGGCAUUACUAUCUUCUGGACUUCUGCUACUAUGCCAAUACACUUUUCUUGGUUAUGCUUAUUCUGUAUCCAAGAAACGAAAAAUUUUUCAUGGUUUGCUUCUCAUUUGCAGAGGGACCAUUAGCAUGGGCAUUGAUUGUUUGGCGCUGUAGCCUGGUUUUCAGUUCUCCUGAUAAAAUUGUCAGUGUGUUGAUACAUCUUUUACCUGGGAUUGUUUUCUUUACCAUUCGAUGGUGGGAUCCAGCAACAUUUGAAGCCAUGCACUCAGAUGGAAAUGCUGGUCGUAGGGCUUCAUGGCCUUACGUUGAAAAUAAAUCUUACCUCUGGACAUGGCUGUUUGUGGUUCCCCUGGCUGCUUACACCUUGUGGCAGGUUCUUUAUUUUCUCAUUGUUAAUGUCCUUCGCCGACAGAGGCUACUAAGGGAUCCUGAAGUCAUGACUUCUUACAGGGAACUCUCCAAGAAAGCACAAAAAGCAAACAACAUAUGGUGGCGUUUAAGUGGUUUACUAGGGGAUCAGAACCGCAUGCUGAUGUAUAUCCUACUCCAAGCUGUAUUCACUGUUGCAACCAUGGCACUCACCGUCCCAAUCUUUUUAUCAUAUGAAAUGCAUGUGAUUUUUCAAACACUGAAGGUCUCAGCAACCAUAUGGAAUGGAGCAAGCUUUCUUCUCGAAGUAAUGCCAAGGCAGGUUAUUCUCAAAGAGAAAAGGAAGUUGGAGAUGCAGCCUUUACCAAUUCAGCCAAACCAGACUGUUGCCACAGUAGAACCUUCAGAAGAUGCUAAAGAACCUGUCAAGAUCGACCAUUUCUAAAAUCUAUGUACAAAUAAUACCUGUAAAAUUCUGUUUUGUUACAAAAGCAAACUUUGUUAAUUGCACCUUUAGUUCUGUGCAGUUUGUACUUUUAAACAAUUAUGGCAUGUUUUCAGGAAAGCAGAUUGUAUGGUUUGCUUUUUCCUAGGUGCACGUCGAAGCCGUCAUAAUUUGUUUGAUGCUUCUAAAAUUAUUAGUGAAGAAAUAUUGUUUUUAUGAAUUUUUGUUUAGGAUGGUUCAACCCUCCCAAUUGUCGUCAA